AUGGAAGAAAUUAGAAAAACAUGUGAUUUUAAAAGAAGAAUCGAAAUGUCUCGAAAGGCUGAUGAUGAGCCCAAAGAAGGAUCUACGGCAGAAUCUUCUGUGAAACCGCAUAUGGGCAUUCCUAAGGCAAUAUUUGUGGGUGAUGUAGAUACUUUCAUGGCUUCGCCCGAAAAUAAUAAUAAUGCGGAUUUAGUUCUUAAAAGAUUUGAUGAGCAACAUAGUAAAUACAAAUUCAUGGAAUUUAAUUUAGCCGCAAAAAAGAGAAAGUUAAAAAAUCAAAUAUUUGAUUUUCAAAAAUCAAUCGAUAUGAUUCAAAUCCUUGCAACGCAUAAAAAUAAAAAAGAAAAUUUAGACACACAGUUUUUGUUGUCGGAGCAAGUUUACAUGAAAGCUACCAUACCUCCCACUGAUACAGUUUUAUUGUGGCUGGGUGCUAAUGUUAUGUUAGAAUUCGAAUUGGAAGAAGCAAAAUUGCUUUUGUUAAAAAAUCUUGCAGCAGCCAAAAAAAGUUUAGGAAUUGUAGAGAGUGAUUUAGAUUUUUUGAGAGAUCAAUUUACAACAACUGAAGUUAAUAGAGCAAGAGUUUUCAAUUGGGAUGUCAAAAGAAAUAAAGCUGCAAAGCCCUAA